GCCUGCGCCUGUGCGUGCGCGUAGGACACCCGGCUUAAAACGCCGCACCCACCACCGGUCUUCUCAUCGCCGCAUCCAUAUUUCUUCUUCUUCGUCCUCCUCCACCUCUCUCCUCCAGAGCACACAGCACACAGCACACGCUCCUCUGAAGGUGACCACCACGCCCCAGGCGGCGCCAUUGCCAUGGCGGACAAGAUCUCCACGGUUGUCCUCAAAGUUGACCUUGAAUGCGCGCGAUGCUACAGGAAGAUGAGGACGGUCCUCUGCAAGAUCCAAGACAAGAUGAACAUCAAGACCAUCUCCUUCGACGAGAAGAGCAACGCCGUGACGGUGUCCGGGCCGUUCGACCCUGACAAGCUGUGCCGGAAGCUCUGCUGCGAGGCCGGCCGGGUGAUCAAGGAGAUGCACGUCAACGGCAGGGAACAGAAGGCGGACAAGGACGGCGGCGGCGAGAAGCAGAAGGCGCCCAAGGACGGCGGCAAGGCCGAGAAGGACGGUGGGAAGGCGGAGAAGCCCAAGGACAGCGGCGGGAAGGCGGACAAGGAGAAGCCCAAGGAUGGCGGCGGGAAGGCGGACAAGGAGAAGCCCAAGGACGCCGCGGCCGCCAAGCCGGAGAAGAAGGUCAAGUUCGACGACGCGCCGCCGGCCACGGACGCCAAGCCCGGCAAGGCCAUGCCGCCGCUGCCGCCCGGCAUGAGCAUGGCCGACCUCGGCCCGCUCCUGGAGAAGAUGAAGCAGGCCAAGCAGCAGCAGGGCGGGGGCGGGGGCGGGCCCCAGCCGCCGCGCGGCGAGCCGAUGAUGGCACCGCCCGUGGCCGCGCAGGGGGUGGCCGUGCCGUCCAUCUGGCCGGCGCCGGCCGGUCCCAUGUCCUACAGCUACGACCCGACGCCGUACGGCCAGCCGUCGUACUACGGCGGGGGCUGCGGCGGCGGGUGCGGCGGGGGGUGCCAGUGCUGCAGGCCGCCCGUGCCGGCCGGCGGGUACUACGGCGUGCCGGUGCACGACCACCAGGGGUGGUACCACGGCAACCGGCAGCCGUACUACCAGCAGCAGCAGCCGUACUGCGGCGAGGACCCCAACGCCGGGUGCAGCGUCAUGUGAUCGGCAGGCGACGCGCCAUGGACAGGGGCAGAGCAAUCAGGCAUCAGUCAUCAGUCAUCAGUGUGUGUGGUCACUCUCCCGUACUCACUCAUGGCCUGCGGUUAAAAUUUUCCUUUUCUUUCUUCCUUCCGUGUCGUGGGUUCUUGUUUAUGUCUAAUUAGGCGUUGAGUUGUGCAUGUGAACAGAGGAGUUGAGCUGUUAUGUUCUUGGUGCCUAGCUUGUUUCUUUAGUUGGUUAUAUUGUCAUGAAUGAAUAUAUCAUACCAGUAA